AUGGCCCUGAGUUCCGUGACACUUGAUGCAGUCGUCCAGACCGAUGUGGCCGAUGUCGCAAGUUCAAAUCCAACUUUACCUUCCAUAUUGUUGGCGUUUGAACAAGCCAAUCCUGGGUCGCGUGUGGAUUUCGAGCUGGACACCCAUGGUCGGUUUUAUCGGGCCUUUGUGUGCGGAAAAGUGUACGCUGAUGCCCACCACUCCAACUUGAAGCUCGUUGGGUCCGAUGGCGCACACUUCAAACACAAGGAUUACAACAGGGUGUUAAUCAAUCUGGUGCGCCGCGACGGCAACGGGAAAAACAUCCCCAUCGCCCUCGGUGUUGUGGCCAAGGAAACAUUGAUAACUAUCUCUGGUUUUUCCUAA